AGUAAUCACGUUUGAUACACAAACACAGUGAAACCAACCCAUUGCUUCUGCUACUACUCAUUCCAGUUGGCUUGCUCCUUCCUCUGCAUCACUUUCAGUUCCCCACUAACAUGCACCACCACCACCACGGAACAUAUUAUUCACAUGCCCUCCUCCUAAAUGCACUCCCCAUCUCUUAAAACCCAAUUCUUUCAAUUUCAUUUGUCGUAGAAGAGAUGGGGUUUGAUCUUGAAUCUGUUGCAGAGGCAACCUCAGGGGCCAUUGGAGCUCUGGUCAGCACCACCAUCUUGUACCCACUUGAUACCUGCAAGACCAAAUACCAAGCUGAAGUCCGAGCUCAGAAUCAGCAAAAGUACAGGAACAUUUCUGAUGUUUUCUGGGAAGCAAUUUCUACCCGUCAGGUGCUUUCAUUAUACCAGGGCCUUGGGACAAAGAACCUGCAGUCCUUUAUUUCACAGUUCAUCUACUUCUAUGGAUACAGUUUUUUUAAAAGGUUGUACUUGGAGAAAAGUGGAAACAAAACCAUGGGUACAAAAGCAAACUUUAUAGUUGCAGCAGCUGCUGGAGCUUGUACAGUCAUAGUGACAAUGCCAUUGGAUACAGCAUCAUCAAGGAUGCAAACAAGUGAGUUUGGGAAAUCCAAAGGACUCUGGAAGACCCUGUCAGAGGGAACUUGGAUUGAGGCGUUUGAUGGUCUUGGUAUAUCACUUCUUUUGACUUCUAAUCCAUCGAUCCAGUAUACGGUAUUUGAUCAGCUGAAGCAAAAGCUAUUGAUUGGGCAGCUGAGCAAAAGAACAGGUACAGAGUCAUCUCCAGAAGCUCUUUCUGCUUUUUCUGCUUUCGCUUUGGGUGCGGUCUCAAAGUGUAUCGCAUCUUGCUUGACAUACCCUGCCAUCAGGUGCAAGGUGAUGAUUCAAGCUGCAGAUGAAGAUGAAGAAGGUAGCAAUGAAGUUCAUGAAAGGUCUCCAAAAACCAAAAAGACAGUUUCAGAUGCAUUUUAUGCCAUUUGGAGAAGGGAGGGGCCACUGGGUUUCUUCAAAGGAUUACAGGCUCAGAUACUAAAAACUGUUCUAAGCUCGGCAUUGCUAUUGAUGAUCAAGGAGAAGAUCACAAAGACCACCUGGGUCCUAUUGAUUGCACUAAAGAAAUUUCUCUUUCUCAAGCAAAGCCGAUUAAAGAGCGCUUGAUGUAGAGAUGAACUCCUCUUAUUAAAGAUGCUCCAUUGGAUUUGUUCACGAUUUGAUUGAUACAUAAAAGGUGUCAUAAAAACUAGAGAUGCUGAAAGUUUAGCAAGGAAAAUAUGGAUUGGAGACGAAGUUAUUCUUCAUGUGUAUUUUGUAAUUGUUAGCAUCUUGGCAAGUUAUAUUGUUGAAAAGAGCAGGAAAAAAAUAUAUAUUGUCAAUCUGUCAUGGUUGUUUUUAUUA